UCUUUGCUUUAGAAAACAUAAUAAGUGUAUGUAAAAAGAGUAAUCUUUGCACAUUUUAGUUAUAAGUGCUGUCUUUUAACAUCCCAUCGAACAUUAAAUAUAUGCAUAUUAUUAUUGCUUAAUCGACGGUUCAUCAACCGGCCGGUAACCGUUGAAGUUUCGAGAAGUUUCCACGGUAGUACUACAAAGAAACUCUUUUUAUUGUCAUCAACGUUGCGAGGAAAAAAAGCAAGAUGACAGUGUACGGCCCAUAUUUAGAUACUACAGACUAUUUCUGGUAUGUUGAUGUGAUGACACCCAAUGGCGCAAAAAAAGUAAAUAUCAUGAAUCCAUUGUACUACUUUAAAAUGAUGAAGGUUGAACCACCAGUAGGAUCAAAGUUUUCUCAGUAUACCAUCGAUGACUAUGAAGAUCUACUACUAGAGAAUAAUAAUUCAAACAUAGAUGUGCAGUAUUCAAAUCUGGAGCCUUAUCAAAAUCUGGAAAAAUUACCUUGCAAAUCGUCAUGCCUAGCACACGUAUUGAAUACUACUGGUAUAAUACCUGUCAAUGCACAGCCAAACUCUAUUCCUCUAAUACCUUUGACUACACCAUCUGGGUCUACAACAACACACAAUCAGAUAAACCAGCUACAAUGGGCUGUAGAAGAAAUUACAAAAAUGGAGCCUCAAAAGAGCGUGUCUCUCUCGUCACUGGAACCAGAUCCACCCAAGUAUGAGUUACCAGUAAUGCCCACGGGUUACGACUCAUCAAAUUUUGUGGCUCUUGAUACAUUGUUUCCUAAUCAGUCUUCUCAAGGCUCAGAAAAUAAUGCAGCUGGUUACUCUUAUGAUAGUUCUGAUGGUGUAUCUAAUGCACCAAUGACACCCGUAGCAUACAGUAUGUAUGUUACACCUACAAAUCUUGCAAUGUAUUAUGAACUUUACAAACAACAUGAAAAGCUUCACCAGAAAUAUUAAUUCACAAAUCCUUACCUCUACGAGGAGACACGUUAAUUGUUUUUAAAAAAAAAGUUAAUAUAAUUUUCUGCAUUUCCAGCUUUACUGAUUAAAAUUUGUUUGGAAAUGCUUGUUAUAUUUGUGUUAUUUUCAUAUGUGAAAGAGAUCUUUCUCAGACUAUUUUUUUAAAGUAAAUCAUGCCCUGGAAGUUUGUGGAUGUUUUAAGAAAGGAUUUUCAAAAGUUUUUCAGUUCUUAAUUCUUAUUCGGCAAAUUUUAGAUGUGCUCUUCUAUAAGUAAAGGUUUCUGAAUUUGUUUUGCGUUUAUUAGAGUUAAUUUUAUAUUCAAAAACUUAGUAUUUUUGUAUAAAGUGUCGAGAAGUCUGUUACGUUAUUCAGAGACAUGUCCUGUUGAACGGUUUGUGUUGAAAAUUGAUAACUGUUUUGUACCUUAAAAUAUAAAAAUAAUAUUGUACAUCUGAACGUGGAAAACGUAAUAAAUGUGUGGCAUUAAGUUUGUGUUCUUGUAGAGUAGAAAAAAAACUGAAUAAA